GAAACAAUUCUGCAUUCAACAUGAAGUUAUUUAUAAUUAAUUUGAUUUUUCUCUGUACAGUUUUAUGUAUUUCCGAAGCUGCUAGUGUAAGACAAUUGGGAUGUAAUCCUGACUAUGAAGCAGAGUAUUUAGAGGAGUCACCAAACCGUAAUGAGGGUGUAAAAGGACUUUCCCACUAUGAGGAUCUGGGAGUAAAAGGUCACUCACAGCAUGCAUCUCGAGGAAUAAAAGGGGCGCCAGUCAAAUAUGUGUCGGCCAAAGAGUAUUCGCACCAUGAACCACAAGGCGUGAAAGUGGCGCAUGCAGUCAAGAAUGUUUCAGGAAUAAAAUUGCGCAAACGAAGACUAGAUGAUGACGAAAAAAAGCAUCCAGCCAAGUAUUUUUCAGGGAUAAAAUUGCACAAACAAAAACAUGAGGAAAAUGGAGAAAAGCGCAAGAAAAGAUUUGGUGGAUCUUGGAGUGUGGGUCGAUCUGGACGCCGGUACUAAAACUGCACAAAAGAUUUGGACUAUGGAUCAAACACUUGAACUAUGUUUUUAAAACAUAAUUUGUGGAAUGCAAGAAAGUUAUAAUAAUGAUGUAAAUAAACUGGUUUAAUAUUAUUG